AUUAUAUAUAUAGGUAGGAAGAAAAGGCAAUGAUGGUAACAGAGCACAUAAAGAGCUCCUCUCAUCACUCUGCACAGACAAUGGCUUCCACUACACUACCACUACCAUACAAUUCUACUCCGGCACACCAAAUUCUAGUCCCCACUGACAAAACUGUCGGCACCGCCAUCUCUCCGCCACCGCCGCCGCAGUCGUCUCUCUCUUCCUCGCCGUCGCACUCUUCCACCUCAUCAUUUGGAUCCCUCUCAUUCCAGGAUUGCCAGUCGAGUCCCCCGGCCACGCCGCUCCGCUCCCAAGGCGGCGGCGUACCAUUUUCGUGGGAACAAAUCCCCGGAAUUCCCAAGGAAUCCAUCGCCGGCGACACCAGCCGUCACUCCUCUUCGCUCAGCCUCCUCCCAUUGCCGCCCUGCUCCGCCGAUCCGGUCAAAAACCGGCCGCCGUCGCCGAAAAAGCUGCUUAGCUCCAGCUUCCGUAACGACCCGUUUUUCGCGGCGUUAGUUACGUGCUCCAAAGACGACGACCGUUAUGCCGAAAAGAACGGUAAUAUAUGGAAGAGCGGCUCUAAGGUCACCAGAAGCAUUAGCGACCGGUUCGGCUUCAUAAGCUUUUAUGCUUCGUGCAAAACAACAUGUGCCGUUUCCGAAUCCAUUGUCUACUUCCCAAGAUCAAGAAACUACGAUCAUCAACUCCUCAACCGCCGUGAGCGCCGGUGAACAUCCGGGCCGGAUUUUAGGGCGUGCAAGAUGUGCGACCGCACAAGGCCCCAAAAUUUUGGAAGCCUUUAGUCCAGCUCUGGCCUAAUAGUUAGUUUAUGUAUUUGUGAUUAUAUUGACACAAAAUUAAGUUUUUUGCAUU